UGUUCUUCCUGAUGUACCAUGGAAUGCUAACCUCAUAAUUCAUUUUUGUCACUUUUUAUUAGAUUUUAAAUGUAUAUAUAUACAGCAAAACCUUGCUCACAAUUUAGAUAUUAUGCAGCAGCAGUUGAGUAGUUUCCUGUUUAAUAGGUGAAGACCGAAGACAAAUGGAUCUCAAUCUCCUAAAAUCAGGCGAUAACAAUUUUUCAGUUUGUCCGGCAACUGCCACCAUUUGCAAUGGCACAAGCUGUCUAUUGCCCCCCGACAACUUUAAUAAGAUCCUUAACACUGUCUUGACUACAACGAUCACAAUAUUGUUGGCUCUUGUCAUGUUCUCCCUGGGCUGCAGUGUGAAUUUCAAGAAGUUUUGGGGCCACAUUAGGUGGCCUUGGGGUAUAAUAGUAGGUUUUCUUUGUCAGUUUGGAAUCAUGCCAGUUGCUGGUUUUGUGCUAGCACUUGUAUUUAAUGUCCAUCCACUUCAAGCUAUUGUUGUUCUUAUUAUGGGAUGUUGUCCAGGAGGCACUGGUUCCAACAUUUUGACCUACUGGGUGGAUGGGGACAUGGAUUUAAGCUUGAGCAUGACCACCUGUUCCACUUUAUUUGCCCUUGGUAUGAUGCCUUUGUGUCUGUAUAUAUACACCAAAAAAUGGGUUGAUUCCAAUGCCAUUGUUAUACCAUACGAUAGUAUAGGUAUUUCUUUAGUAACUCUAGUAGUUCCUGUUGGAAUUGGAAUGUUUGUAAACUAUAAAUGGCCCAAGCAAGCAAAGCGUAUAUUAAAGGUGGGGUCAAUAACAGGAGGCAUUCUCAUUGUCACUAUCGCUGUGGUCGGAGGAGUAUUGUACAAAGGAUCCUGGAUUAUUGAUCCAAAAUUGUGGAUUGUAGGAACCAUAUUCCCAGCUGUAGGAUUCACAAUGGGCUUUCUCCUAGCCACCAUGGCCAAUUUAUCAUGGAGCAGGUGUCGCACAGUGGCGCUGGAGACUGGCAUGCAGAACACCCAGCUAUGUUCUACCAUUGUACAACUCUCAUUUACACCUCAGCAGCUAGGACUGAUCUUCACGUUCCCAUUGAUAUACAGUAUUUUCCAAAUCCUAAUGGCUAUCCUUUUUCUAUUGGGUUACCAAAUUUAUAAAAGGAUAUGUGGCAAAAAACUUGCAGUAGAUGACUCUUCAGUGUCGCCAUAUGGACAGGAAAAUGACGGAUUUGAUCUUGGUGAAAAGCCAAAGGAUUGAGACUCAACUAUUUGAGUUGGGUGUGGGAACUUUUAGCAAUAUUCAGCUAGAAGAACAUGAAGAAACCCAAAAAACUAAACUAUUUAAUAGAUAUGUAAUAUACAUGGAUCCACAGGUGCCCAUGAGAUGGCUUAUUAUUAUGGGUAUGGCUGGUUUCAGACAGCCAUGUGUGGUCUGGGAAAAAUGGUCUAUGUGAUGGCCACAUUUCUCAGACCAACCGCAGCUCCUCUGACCAAACCUUGCAGCAUCAUAGUCAUUUAUUAUGUUGCGAGUUCCUGUUCAACCGCAGGUCUGCUGUACUGUACUAAGAACCAACACAUACCUCAGAUAAAAUAAUAUCAAAUUAUAAGGGAGCCUAGACAUAUAAGUUGCACCUCCUAUCCUGACUGACCCAAUAGCCCCCAAUAAUAAUGAAAGAGUAUUGACAUAUAAUAUGUAGCAAAUCUUUAUUAAUAGUACAAAAAUAUAUAUAGACAAGGUGAAGACAAAAAAAGGAGGGAGGAGGCCAAAAGAACCCCUCACCCCAAAUAGCCCCUGGUAAGGAGACCACACAGAAGCAACACGGGUAGUCAGCUGAAUAUAAUAGGGGUAUAAAUACCCAUAGGUAAAAGAUGUACAUGUAGCCGGAAUCAUUUACGAUGAAAAAUAACCAGACUAUUGUUGUACAUGAAAAUUUGAAUGAAACUGCAUACAUACAAUGUGUGGGGACCAAUAACAGGCCGGAACAUUAUUCAGUCAAACACGCAACAGCAUGCUAGUGGGUCCACACAUGAAAGCAUGUAUGCUGCGGCUACAAGCCGCAGCAAUUGGAGGCUGUUAAUGACAGUAAUCAAUGAUAGAUAAUAAACAUGAAACCAGUUAUUAUGCCUACUACAAAAGUAGAGCCACAUACAUAAGGUGUGUGGAAACCAAUAACAUGUCAAAAGAAAAAUAUCCAGUCACCAAUAAACGCACUGUAGCGUAGUAAUGGGUCCACACACCAAGAAAUGUAUGCUAUGGCUACAAGAGACCAACCAAUGAAGCUGCAAAUAACAAAAGUCAGAUG